AAACAUGGAAGUCAUCGUAAAAUGCAGAUGGACUUCUGCUAGCUGAUUCCAUUCAUUUAGUUUUAGCAAUAAGUCACUUAUUAGCUUUGUUUAUAAGUAAUGGACUAAAUUAUGUCUAGUCACCCACCCAUUGAGUCAAAUCACUCAGCUAUGCUGCUUUUUACCUUUCUGAACUACUGAGGUAGUAGCCUGACUAUGCAAUGCACCAUGUAGGCUUGAGUUACCUGGAUAGGCUGAAGAGUUUCUCAUCCUGGUUUGGUUCAGCCUCUAAACACAAAAUGUCAGGCGAGGAAGUCAAGCUGCCACCAGAUCAGCCUAACUGGCCUGUGGUGAAGGAGUUGUUGCAAGAUCUGCAAGCACAGCUGGAGAGUAGGAACAUCACUGAGCAGGAAACAGGAUGGUUUAUGCAGACAAUAUACACAGCCAUCCAGUCUGAUAGAUCAGUAAUGUCAACACUAGCAAGUCAGUUGAGUCGUUUUGUGCUGUCUCAUACCAGCCCAGGCAGCAGUCCCCUAUCUCGUUUAAAGUCACAAAUUCAGUCAAACGUGAAGAAAAAACUGGAUUCCAAUUGUGUUUGGUUUGGUCUGGCUAAAUACCUCAGUAGUAUAUCUAAAUCAGAUAGAGAACAUUUCUUGUAUGUUGUUUUGCCUAGAAUAAUUGAAUUUGCUAUCAGAAUAGAGGAGCAUCGACCUAAAGAUGGUUUUCCUGUAUGUAAGCAGCAAAAAUGUAAAAAAGUCACCUUGUCCCGCCAGUUUGUCUGUUCAGUCAUUGCCUGCUUCUUCCUGUCAUUGUUCCCUGAGAGGAUUCGGGAGUCUUCAAAAAUGAAUAUAGUCAAUUUUACACAUUUUUUCAAACAUCUUCAAAUACCUUCUCAAGUUAGUAAAUUAAAAUGCGUCUUACAUUAUUUCCAAUGUAUGAUUGAUAGAAAAGAUGUUGCUGGGAAUAUUAUCUUUACUAGAAAGGCUGCAGCAGCUACUUGGAUGCUGACAUAUGAUGAGUUGCUACAAUGUGAUAUUAGUCUUUGUCCACUUCAAGUUCAUGUUAAAGGUGUGAUAGAGGACAGCCCACAUGCUAUUCAGGUGGACUUUGCUAACAAGUCUAUUGGGGGAGGUGUCCUGGGCAAGUCAAGAGUUCAGGAAGAGAUCAAGUUCAGUGUCUGUCCAGAACUGUUAUCAGCCAUGCUCUUCAUGGAGAACAUGGACCCUAAUGAAGCCAUUGCUGUGUCUGGCUUUGAGCAGUUCUCCUGUUACAAGGGCUAUGCUGAAUCUCUGGAAUUUGCUGGCCACUAUCAUGACCCAUCAGGUGCUAGGGGCCACAAGAUGGUAGCUAUUGAUGCAAUUUCCUAUCGCACCUUACCACUCCUUAACCAGUAUCAGGACAACUUUAUCUUGAGAGAUUUAAACAAAGCUGUUGUUGGAUUUUGUAGGUUUCCUGAGGUGGAUGAAGACUUAGAGUUAAAUCUUAAAGAAGUUGAUAGGACCUGUGAUGAUGCUGCUGAUGUGGUGACAAGUGCCAUGAGAGAUGCUGUUGAAGAUAUACCAAGCUCAGAACUGUUUCCUGUUGAAGUGGAGCUGCAUGGGCUGCAGUCUCUGGGCACUGCUGGCAUUCAGUCAACUGGUGCCGUACCACAAGCUACCACUGCUGCAGGUGACCUGAGGGAUGGCACCAAACUAGAGACGUCCAGCACGUCAGGGAGCAUUUCAGACACCCCACCUCAUGCUGACACCAUGUCACAGAGUGGUGAUGUCAUGCCACUGUCAUGCCAUGCUUCCAAAAGUCUACCUUCAACUACAGUGCAAUCUGUGGAUGCUCCCCAAAGUUCACAAGUAGCAUCAGACAGUACAACAUCAGCAGGUGUAGCUGAGUCAGCAGAGCCAGCAGGAGCUCCAUGUAAACUUGAAGAACGUUCAGAGUUGACUUGUAGCAAGCAUCCCAAUGAUCAAAUUUCCCAUGUUUUGUGUGUGGAUGUAGAAAAUGGUAAUAGAGUUGUUCUGGGAGAUGAGGCUUGCUGUAGAGCAGCUGAUUCAGGUAGUCAAGAUGUGUUCAUGGAUGUAACUGCUGCAGUCUCUGUACAAUCUUAUCCAAGUGCCUCUCCAUCAUACCCCAGUCCAUCAGACCCCACCCCAUCAUACCCCAGCCCAUCAUACCCUAGCCCGUCAGACCCCAGCCCAUCAGAGCCAGCUAAAAUGUCAUUUCAUGAAUCACAACUGUUGAGUGACAUCCUUGGGAACUUGACCAGACCAAGUGACCAUGGAGGGACUACCUUGAGCAGACCCGUUGAGCACCCAGUGAUUUCACCCAUGUUUGUCCACCCUACUGCUGCUGAAGACAUUCUUUCACCCCCCAGUGAAGUGUAUGCAAUAGCUGGUGCACCAGAGGAGUGUGUGCCUGUGUCUACCAGUGAUCUCUGUGUUCCUAGCUUGGUUUCUCUCUGUGACAGUCUUGUAUACUCAGAUCUUUCACAAAGCACAAAUGGAAAUGUUCAGGUAAAGUUGGAUGUGACUGGAUAUGAGACAGCAUCAUUCAAAUCUGCCCAGAGGCUGGAGAGGACACCUUCAGAUCUCUCAGCCCUAUCUCUAGUGGUGAACGUUGGUUCCCAGAGCUUGUCCACCAACUCAGCUGAGGAGGAGAGCACCAAGCCUCUGGAGCUGUUGUCUGUGUCUGUGGAAGAUGAGCAGACCAAAAGUCAGCUGCUGGACACUGGAGCGGCCAGCUUUGAUUCAGUCCUGCCGUCCAUGUCUCCGCAGUCGUCCGGCUCCUCGGCUCAUAUUUCUCCCAACACAUCCAUGACAUCCAGCGAGCCGCUCAACUCGCAGUCCAACUCUGAUUUCUUCCAGCAAGUCUCUGAGGUCUGCGGAGAACAGUACCUAGAGCGCAGAAGUUCUAGAGACUUUUACGGAGAGCUGCGGGAGUUUCUCAACUCCUCGAGCUCAGGUUCUCGCAGCUCAGCCUCUGGUGGGCCCAACUCUAGCUCUAACUCAACCUGGGGGUCAAGGUCAGGAUCUAUAUCAUCUCAUGGCACCAAUGGCUCAUGUAAUGAUUUUGUUGACUUUUGGAAUAACUUCCGGCGCCGAAGCUCCCAGUUGAGUGACACCACGUCUCGCAGGUCCAGCUCCAGCAAACACAGCUCCGACUUCAGCACAGACCUAGAGGAAAUAUCAGAGGGCCUACAGAAAUACAGCCACGGAAUCAUUGAAGAGGAAGGGGGACUCUUCUCCAUGCUGACAGACUUUGCCUCACAAGUUGUAUCCACAGCUGUCAGCAAGGGUGUGGCCACAGCUGUUAACAUCAACUCUGUGGAUCUGGGGGAUCAGGACAGCACACUGGACCAGGUGGCCAGCUUCAUGGAUACAUCUGACAAGAUGGAUAAGGACAGUUCCAUGGAUACAUCUGACAAGAUGGAUAAGGACAGUUCCGUGGAUAAAUCUGACAUGGAUAAAGAAAGUUCCAUGGAUAAGUCUGACAAGAUGGAUAAGGACAAUGAUUUUAACCUGGGGGAUAAGGAUAAAGUAGUAGAUGAAGCAGAUACGGUCAGUGCAGUGGAUCAUAUGGGCAAAGGCCUGCUCCAUAAAUCUGUCAGUCCACAGGUAGAAGAUCGUAGACAUGAAGACCAGUGUCCUGCUGCCUUGCCUGUAGGAGCCAGUGGAAAGAGCCGGAGCAGGUUCUCUAGAACUGCCACCUUAGUCAGACAAGAAAAACUCAACCCAGAUUUUGAAGACUCGCCUGAAGUCUUGUUCCCUCAAGGAGAGGGAUCUGGAAUACCUGGCAAGUUUAGUGAGGGUGAUGGUAUACCUGGCAAGUCUGAGCAUCAGGAGCACCAAGCAACAACUGUCAUUCCAGCUCCAUCAGGUUCACCUGUGUUUUCUAAAUCUUCAGGUGUAAAACCAGGUCAUCAGAGUGUGGAUUCUGGCUUCAUCUCUGUCCAGACCUCGGCAGCGUCACUCCAUGAGCCAGGUGUGUCAGCCUCUAAGCCUGCUAGUGGUGACCUUGUUAGUGGUGACCUUGUUAGUGGUACCCCUGUUAGUGGUACCCCUGUUAGUGGUGACCCUGUUAGUGGUGACCUUGCACAUGAAACCAUUCCAAAGAAAGAGACAUCACUAGACUCCCAUGUGUACAAGCCAUCUUUGCCUAGUUCUACUGCUGAAUCCACACAACUAAAGAACACUGACCAAAACAUCAAACAGAAGCCCACAUCGUCUUUCAAAAGUCAUUCCUCUUCUCAUAUUCCUAAAGCAGCCACCAGUACUGAAGUGCACAGUAAGUCUGGCAAGGCCAAGCGAAUGAAAAGUGUUGAAACAGCUGGCAAAGUGCCCAGCCAGUAUCUCACAGACUCUAAGCUAGCCAGAGAGGCAGCAGCAGCCUCAGUGUCUGAAAGCUCAUCCUGUUCCAUGCAUGUGUCAGUGGGAGCCAGCGGACCAUCCAGAUCAUCAGGGAUACCCAAGUUUAAAAACUCUUCUAAAUCUCUGUCUGAGACAGCCAAGUGUUCCUCCCCUCCACAUCAUAAGGCCAGGCAGGAAGACUUGCCAGUUGAUAGAAAAGAUGGAUCUAAAGCAAAUAGAGCCAAGAAACAAAGCAAGAGAGGAGAUGACAUGUUCCCCCUGCCACAGAAAAGCCGAUACAUAUUUUCUGAUGUUGCCCCUCCCCUCCGUGAGAAGAAACACAGGCACAAAGACAGCACUGCUGAUUCCCCACAGAAAAAACAUGGCAGAAAUACUGGUAGAAAAUCUGAUGAUAAAAAGCGUCCUUCAGCUAAAGAUUCACCUAAAAAAACACCUUCAAAAGAUUACACCAAAUCACCAAAAUUUAUUCGCUUUGUCAACUCUCUAGCUGAAAUAUCAGUGAGUCAAGCAGUGCUAGAAGGGGCUGAGAUCCUCACACAAGCCCCACAUGCUCACGAUGAGAUCUCUGAUGAAGUUUACAACUGGUUUGCCACCAAGAUCAUCAAUGAAGUAUUUUUUCAUGUCCUCACUGAGACAAGGGAACAAGACCCUGCUGUACACCUGGAUGAAAUUGGCGCCUCUGGUGAUUUGGUUCCUUCCGUUGAGGUGGAAGCUUCCAGGUUAAUAGAGAACAUGUUCCAGACGUUGGGCGCCAGCGCAACAGACACUGUGGAAGUGGGAUCUGCCAGACAAAAGUCUAAAGGGAUUCUGCCAGCCAAGUCAGACAUGGCAGCGUCCAGCUGUCAUAGUAAGGUCCCUGGCUCUCUUAAGGUGGUCAAGUUCAAGGAAAGUUAUGAAGAUGAUGAAAGUGCUGCCAAGCCAGCUCAAACUCCAGCCAACAAGACAAACUCCAGCACACCAUUCCGUAUAAGCAGCAGCAUUCCAAUUCCAGUCCGCAGGAAAAGUAGCUUAGAUCUUCCUUUGGUUUCCCCCCCUGUGGGCAGGGGGCCAGGGGAUCUGUCCUCUGACCAGCAGAGAAGAGGUUUGGCCAGUGUGGAUUUGUCUUUAGACAUUUACCAGACAGCCGCCUCAAUAGUCAACCAAGUUUUUCAGACCAUCUCUGACAGCAUGGACGCUCAGGUCCUCAGCCCUGGAUCUUCCUGCCGAUAUGGAACUGUUUCAUCCUCAGAUGCCCAUUCAACAGGCAGCAGAAUUCAUAGUCACUACGAUAGCUUUGCCUCAAAUAUUUUCUCAAGUUCUUCUAUGAAGACUUCAGAGAGUCCACGACGGAGCCGCCGAUCUGUGUCCCCUAGUAUAGGUGUCUUCUUCAGAAAACCCAUGAGCCGUGAAACUCUGACCAACGCAUUUCUCAAGGUUGACCACAGCCCUCAGAUAAAGUCGUACGAGCGACGCAGCAGUGAACCAUGUCAGACAAGCGUGCAGUUGUCCUUGCAGGCCUUCAACAACAACAAGUUCUCUGGGAAGAUGGUGGAGGAUAAAAAUGUCAAAGUUUCAAGGACUGAUGAUGACAUUGGUCGAGGCAAGACAUGGCGUCGUGGCUCCUUGGAAGGAUUCUCGUUUGACCAGCGCAGGAAUUCAUGUGGGUUCAAGGACCCUGUGCUGUCCAGGUUUGCUGAGGAGCUGAUGAAGGCAGACACCUCUGUGCCAGAGCUUGUCAUUGUUGGAUCCCAUGCCAGCUCUUCUUCAACAGGUUCUAGGCGAAGCAGCAUGAGUGCUUUUAGGGAUUCAACUUUAGCUAAUUUAGAAAAUGAACUUCUUAAUACCAGUUUCACAAGUGCCUGUAGCAUGUCCCAGUCCACCAAAUCCCACAGAAAACACAAACAUUUAGACCGGUCAAGGAGUAGAGAAUCUCGCCAAGGGAAGUCAGACAGCUCAGACACAGAGUACUGGUUCCCUCCCCCUAGGUUUGUGGGUGAGGAGUUCCAGCAAGAGUACAACAGACAACACAGCCAAGAUGAGCUGCAGGAUUAUGCGAGUUAUUUUGCUGGUCGUGUAGUGCAGGAGGCUGUUUGUGUGCUCCAGUGUGAGCCAGAAUACAUGAGCCAAGAUGCGCUGGAUGUUGACAUGUUUGCUGAGAACCUGUCUGACCAAAUCAUGCGCGACGUUUUUAUUUCGUCAGUUACCAAAACAGCUGACAGGGUCCAAGCUGGCACAGAUAUCAGGGGAAGUAACCAGUUUCCCUUUGGGGAGGGAGCUAAGCCUAAGACUUCCAAACCUAAAGCUAUUCCACUCAAGAAAGGACAGGAAGCACGCAGUCAUAAAGCUAGUGGAAGUCAACUCCGAGUAGGAAAAGCUUCAUCUUUAAGUGAAUCACCAGUGCACCUCCAGCCCCCCCACUCUAGUCAACCUUUCCAUGGGCCCCGGGGUGUGGUCAAGCACAGACGUAGAACUCCAUCUUAUCCUAAUGACGCUAACAUCCCAAGAACCAAACGCCAUUCCUCACCGUCCCCCUUCUUCCCUGGGGUCUGGUCCCGUCCAGCAGCCUCAUCAUUACAAGUUCCUGUAGGCCAGCAUCGGCCCAGCAUGGUCAUGAGAAGCCUGUCUGAGUCCAGCACCAGCAGAGACAGCAGCAGCAAGCAUCACACUGUGAAAACCAACUUGUACCAGAGGGAGCAGUCACCAGCAAGUGUCAGGUCUGUGGACUUGAGCUCCUGCCUCUCUGACCAGACCUGCUCGUCCAUCCUCUCAUCAUCAUCAGCAUCCUCGUCCACAUCAUCCCUGGCCAGUAUUGGACCCACUGGUCAAGACAACAAACUGGACAUGGAUCCCUCAUAUCCAGAACUUUCUACUCAAGUCUUUCACAAUGUGAAUCAGGAAGCUGUUCCAUCAGUAAAGGUCAGUGAGCAGCCUAGUGUGGGCAGUGUUAGCACGCCACUGAGACGACAAUGUGAGCAGCCUAGUGUGGGCAGUGUCAUCACGCCACUGAGACGACAAUGUCACAGGUCUGUGGCUGAUGAGUUUGCUAAAGGUUUGAGUGAACAAGUCAUGGAGACAGCACUGGAGCAGUGUAGGAGCAACCCUUGGCUCAGGUUUUGUUCCUACCACCAGCCAAUAGCCACAGGUAACUGGGGCUGUGGGGCAUUUCAAGGUAACCCACAGGUGAAGUUUGUGUUGCAGUGGAUAGCUGCAAGUAUUGCCAGAUCUCCCACGUUGUUGUAUUACACUUUUGGUGACCCAAGUUUGACAAAGGCUCAAGAAUUAGCUGCUCUGAUAAGUGGCAUGACAGUUGGCCAGCUUGCGUCCACACUAAGAGAAUACUGUCAUUGGAUUACCAAGAACAUUCCCCCUCCACACCACACCCAGACUGCCCCUAGGCCAGCUGAAGGGCAGCCCCCUCAGUCCUUGUUUGAUUUCAUUUGGGACAAGUUUCACACAGCAGAGGACAGAUGACCAUGAUGUCAGACAACUGCUGGUGUUGUACCCAAGCUAUGUUUGACAGGAGACCAAGGACAUGUAAAUAUUGACAGGUGUAACCAGAGCAAUAAAGUGACCAGCUGCUUCAACUCACCUCACAGUUUCCACAGUCUGGUCCAUUUGAUCCCCACCCCCAUGUGUCAGGUCAUGUGUGUUUGAUCCCCACCCCCUGUGUCAGGUCAUGUGUGUUUGAUCCCCACCCCCUGUGUCAGGUCAUGUGUGUUUGAUCACCAACCCCUGUGUCAGGUCAUGUGUUUGAUCCCCACCCCCUGUGUCAGGUCAUGUGUGUUUGAUCCCCACCCCCUGUGUCAGGUCAUGUGUUUGAUCCCCACCCCCUGUGUCAGGUCAUGUGUUUGAUCCCCACCCCCUGUGUCAGGUCAUGUGUUUGAUCCCCACCCCCUGUGUCAGGUCAUGUGUGUUUGAUCCCCACCCCCUGUGUCAGGUCAUGUGUUUGA